AAACAACUAACAAAAUCAGGCACUGAAAACAUCCUCCAUAUUCCAUAAGCUGCCAAAAUAGUCUUCACCUCUGUCUUUCUGCACACCCCUUUUGCCUUUUCUCUGUACAACCACAACAACAUUCACAUACCAUUUUCUUGUUUCUGAUAUGUUUUCAUGAUUGAUAAAUUGUAUCAAUAAUCAAUUUUAUGAAAAAAAAUUCAUUUAUGGUUGAUGGGUUUUUUUCGAAACUCUCAGAGGACAUAGUUAUUAACAUAUUGUUCAAGCUUGAAGAUGAUCCAAGAAGUUGGGCUCGUUUGUGUUGUGUUUCGACGAAAUUUGGAUUUCUAAUUUAUACCAUAUGUUGUAAAUCAAAAUGUUCUUUGACUAUUCCUGUUGUUGUAACCUAUCUCCUUUGUAGCCCUACUUCUUCUUCUGCUGCUGCUGUUGCAUCUCCUCCUGGAGGUUAGUAUUCGCUUUACAAGCUAGCUGUAUGUUAUCCAGAGUUACAUCAAGCUGGUGUGCUUUUGGAGAAUUGUGAUUUUGGGCUAGAACGUGAACUUGGCCCUCAUGAGAAUUAUCAGAAUCGGGUUUUGCCUGAAUCUGAAACGAUCCAUUCUCAGCCUGUACCUUGUGGUGCUGUAGCUGAUUGUGGUUGGUCCAUGUUUGAUGAUCUUUUGUUUGAUACUGUUUAUGAUGCUUUUGAAUCAACCCUAAAUCAACCUGAAGUGGUGGAAGAAGAACCCCAAAAUCUAGUGGUGACCCCAAUAAGGCCUGCAAAGAGGCAAAAAAUUUACAGAUCGCCUUGUUCACAUUUGGCUUCUAGGAUAUGAAAUUUGAGCUGUGAGCAGGGGAAUAAGCUACUAGCUAGUCGAUUCAAAGGGGAUUGUUUGUACAUGUAUGAUUGGCCUGGUUGUAUUCACAUGGAAGAGAAGAGGAAUUACAUGCUAUUUGGGGGGAUUUUCAAGAAUUUUAAGCAGUCGAGGGGAUGAAGGACGGUUAAUGAUGGUAACAGGAAGAAGAUUGAUCUGAAUUGCUCGUUCUGCUCGUCAAAACAAACGUGGGAUCUGCAUUCAGUAUUCUGUUUAAGGAGGUAUUUUGGGUACCAUGACGAUAGAGAACCAGUUGUUCGCGCUUAUGUUUGUGAGAAUGGCCAUGUUUCUGGAGCAUGGACUGAUUGACUAUUGUACACAUGACUUAGUUCAACACCAAUUAUGGGAUACUUGGGUUAACUUUAACUGAUUUUUUCGUGUUUUUGUGACUGGCAGUUGGUUACUUUUCCCAUUUUAGGCUGGUUCAUGAAUUUGGGAUUUAUGUACGUUGUGAUUGCUUACUGUAGGUAUUUUCCAUAUUUAUAUUAUAGAGUUUAAUAGAUGGAGUAUUUAUGUUUA